AUGUUGGGUAGGUUAUUUAAAUUGAAUAAUUCUAUACAAAAUAAUAAUAAUCAUAAUCAUUCAUCAUCAGUUGGUUCAUCAAUUAAUAAUCAACCUUUAAUUACAACAUUUGAAGAUUCUUAUUCAAGAGAAAUUCUUUAUGGAACUCAUAAUGCUAAUCUGUUAAAACCUUUUCAAUUUAAUAAUAAAUAUUUUAGAAUUAUUAUAUCACAAGAUGGUGGUAAUUUAAGAACAAAACAAGUUCUAUUUGAUACUGCUCAUGAUCAACAAUUACAACAACAUCAACAAUCACCAACACAUACUUCACAAUCUACUCCAUUAAGUCAUUCGCCUAUUCAAACUCCUAAAUAUCCAUUCUCAUAUCAACAACAACAACAACCACCUCCACCUUUACAAACUAGAAGAUCACUACCUAAAAAUUUAAUUAAUCUGAGAAUUCAUCAUAGUACUUCCGAUUUAAAUGAUUUAUUAUUUGGUUGUGGGUUACCGUCGAAUGAAAUUCAUACAGUUACAAAAUUACAUACAUUACCUUCAUUAAGUAAUAGUUCCAGUCCAUAUAACUCAGUACUAAUAACAAGGUUAUUUUCAAUCACAGAUCUAGAAGAAAAUGAAUUAACUCCUUUGUUUCAGAGAGACAAUGCAAAUGACUGGAGUCCAACAUCAGCCACCACUACCAAAGAAUCUAAGCUAAAAUUAAAUGACUUGAAAAUAAAUAGUAGAUUUGCAAUUGGAGUAGUUAUACCAAUAGAAGCAAAUUGCUUUAUACAUGAAACGAUAAUAAAUGAUUGGAAUGAAAUAUCGCAUUUUUUAACCAUACUACAAAAACUCGUUUAUAAGAAAUUAAUUACACAAUUAUAUACUGGAUUUGAUGAUGGAUUUGGAUAUGAAUAUAUUGUAAAGAAAAGGUUACAAUUUCCAAAUUAUAUUUUACAAAAUGAUUUUGAACUACAUACAUAUUUGACAAAAUUAAUAAAGUUAAUUCAUUAUGAUAACAAUACUCCAAGAUUAAUAAAUACAAAUUUUUUAAUGAAGCAAAAUAAAGAUGAAUUGUAUUCGACAUUAUUAAAUUGGGUUUUAGAGAUUUUAAAUUGGUUAGAAUUUAAAGAUGGUAAAAAUGUUCAAAAUAUGCCAAACCAAAAUGAUUCAGUACCUUCAUUUUUAGCAACAUUAUUUUCAGUUUUAAUACAGCAUAAAGAAUCAUUAGGAAAAAGACCAUAUUAUAAUAGUACAGACAAUACAAGAGAAGUAACUAGAGUAGUAGUACUGACUGGAAAUCCAGCAGUCGCGAAAAGAUUAGUAUUCAUACUACAUGGUCUAAUUGGUAAUGCAGAGACUGAAAAUGUUCAAGAAGUAUCAACUGUAGAUUCAUCAGCAGCAGCAAGAGAAAUAAGAGUGAAACCAACAACAAUAAGUAUACCCAUAAACAAAAAUUCAAAUCAUAAUAAACAACCACCAAUACCCAUAAAAGCACCCAUAAAACAACCAACUACCUCACAAGCAUCCUCUUCACUAUCAAAAUCAGCCUCCACUGCGUGUUUAUCUUCAUCAUUGAAUUCGUCUUAUUCAUCAUUACAAUCAAAUUAUUCACUAUCAAAAUUUGGAAGUUCAGGUUCAUUUAUGGAAAAAUGGAAAAACUCAUUUAGUAAUGCAAACACCACAAAUUCAAUGAUGUCAUAUUUUGAUGAUCCACCAAGUCUUAACUCAAAAAAAUCUUUUCAAUCUUUAAGGACUCCUUCACCAAGUAUUGAAUAUGAUGAAUACAAUUGGAAUUCUUAUCAGACUUCAAAUACCGCAUCACCAAUGUCAAUGACUCCAAGUAAAUUAUCAAGGACUCAUUCUUUACAUGAUUUACUUAGCAAUAGUAAUCACAAUAGCAACAACAAUAUGAAUACAAUGAGUGAAGAACAUUUAUCAGAUUUACAACAUUCAUCAUCAAGAUCAUCAUCAGAAUCGGAAUCAGCAUCUUCAGAGUCUUCAACUACUAUACCAUCAAAUCUUAAUAAUACUAGUGCCAAUAAUAUUAAUUCAUUUGAAGUUAAAAGAUCAAAGACAAGUGUUUAUACCCCAUAUAUCAGUGAUAAAUUAGUUAAAAAUGUUGGAGAAUAUAACAAGUCAAUAAUUCAUGAAAAGUGUAAACAAAUAAUGGAGAAUUCACCCAAAUAUCAAAUUGUAAAUAAUAAUAGCAUCAAAGUACAAGUACCCUCACUAACCACAUCAAAUUCAUUAACAAACAAUACAUCAUCUUCAAGGUCAUUAAUUUUCAAACAUAAUGUUUUAUCUCCAUCAGUAGGUUAUUGUGAAGAAUAUAGACCAGAAUUUAUAAUACAAUCAUGUCCAAAUAGUCCAAAACUAGAAAAUCAAAUUAUGAAUUCGAUGAAAAAUGAUCUUAUAUACUAUCAAAAUAAUUAUAAGUACGACAAAAUUACAACAAGAACAAUUUUCACAAAUUUAAGAAAUCGAGAAAUUAAAACUAUUGAAAUGAAUAUAAACAAUUUGAAAAAUGAUGAAAAUGAAACUAAUGAUAAUGAAGAAAAUUCAUCAACCACAUCCACAUCAUCAAAGAACAACACCUACAAAACUAAGAUUCAAAAAAUUUAUUCACCAAUUAAAUUCUUUGGUGACAAAUUACCCAUAAUAAGAAUAGAAGAACAAUUAUCAGAAAUAAAUAAAUUUUUAAAACAACAACAAGACUUACAACAGCGGCAACAACAACAUAACCAUCAACAGCGACCUGAACAAACGCAUGAAUUGCAAGAUGAGCCACCACUAACGAAAACACAAUUUUAUAAUCAGUUGUUAGAAUUAGUUGGUGAUUUAAUAAAUUAA